CAUAAUUUCUGAAAUGAUUAUAUACUUUGAUUCCAAUCCUUUAUUUAAACACAUUUUAUAUUUUUUUCCCUUCAUAUUUUUAGGGCUACAAAAGUCAGAAAUUCCAUAAAUUUGAAGGGUUUUGGAAUGAGAUUAGGCGUCUUCAAUGCAUUACUUGUUAUUCUUCCCACCGUAAAUUAAAGUAUGCUAAAAACAUAAUUAAAUUUAAAUAAACUACGAAAUUCAAAUGGUUUUUCUUAAAUUUAUUACUUCAAAUUAAUGUUGGCAAAAAAUUAAUUCCAUUGUUAUAUAUUGAUUUUUUGGUUAUAUUAUUCUGUUGGUAACGUAUUUUUAUUAUUUUUUAAACAUUUACAUAUUGUUCUUAUAUAGAUAACAUAAUGUCUCGGCAAAUUUGUAUACUAUUCUUAUAUGUGGAAGAUGUUUAAAUAUUUAUAAAAGUAUUUAAAUUUAGGUUAAGGACUUUGCAACCCUUUUGACAACUUUUAUGUAGAAAUUUUCACCUUAACUUGAAGUCAAUAUGAUUGUAGUUAUUUGGGAGUUUAUCGGUUUUUAUGUUUGUUUCUUGUUUUUAUUUUAUCAACUUAAUCAACGAUCUUCUACAAUUAAAUGUAUUACUAAUGUUUGGAUUCCUUUGCACCUUCAAUUUGUUAGGCAGAUGAUAGGGUGUACAGUUAGUCGGAGAUAAGCCCUGUGUUCUAACAUUUACAAAAAAUCAUAAGGUUAGAUUUUCAGUAGGUUAACUCACCUUUAUCUCUAGGUUCGCUAUUCAAACUAAUAAAAUUUUAAAAAAUCAAUCUAUGAGUGACGAGUUAAUGCAGAAUAUUAUUUGUCAAUUUGUCAGUUUUUGAGAGUUUUAUUGGGUUUAUUUUGUUCAUCUUUAGAUUUCAGUUAAUGGGUACUAGUUGAUUUUGUGUGAGAUUAAUGAUUGAAAUUUGUUAAUUUUCAGAUUAUGUAUGAGAUAAUGCUGCUAAAUUUUAUUGUUUUGUGUUGAUUUUGAUUUUUUAUGGUUGUUUGAAUUUUUGUGUUUUUUAUGUUUACUUUGUGAUGUUUAUUCGUUUAUGACAUGAGUGCGAUCUUUUUGCAUGAUUUCUGAAUUGACUGAAAGUAACAUGACGUUCGUUUCGAAUGAGGAUGCUUUUAUAGGGGUGAGGGGUGACGUGCAGUGAUAGUUUAAUAGGUUGAUAUAGGGUACAAAGUAUUUUUAGACUGUGGCUCGUAUACUCAUUUUCUUGUUUUAAACCAAAUGGACUUGAUCGGGUCGGGUUGUCCUAAAUGGGCUAUGACACGACCUGACCAAAUAUGAUUUGUGUAUACAUAACCCAACCCGACAGGUUCCAUUUAAGUAUGGGCCUGACGUGUCUUUGACAAGACCCAUUUUAUAGGUCUGUUUUUUUUUUUUUUUGGUGCGAAUGAGCCACAAGGCCGGGGAUGAGAAUCGAUUCCAGAAUCACCUGUAACGGGGAUGAAAGCUCUAACCAACUGAGCUAUCCAUUACUCUCCAAUUUUAUAGGUGGAUGAAGAUGGAAUUUAUGGGAUAAAUAAGAGACACGGCGAUGACUGUGAAGUGGUGCAUAUUAUCUUAGCUUAUUAUUUUAGUAACUGAAAAUUAAAGUAGCAUCUAAAACUUGUUGAGUCUCCACUCGACAAUGUCCAAAAGCUAUUAAAUUAUUUAACUAUAGUUUUCAGUUUUCUCCAUAUACAGAAGUCAGAAGUAGUUUUUUUUUUGUUUUUCUUUUUUUUUAGACGAGCAUAAAGAAAAACAAAAUAAAACACUAAGUAAAAUUAUUAAAAAAACAGUAAAGAUGAAGCUGCUUCCCAGAAGUUGUUAUUGAUAUGUAUGUGGGAUGGUUCUAGCUAAUGAUAUGGUUGGAUCCCGAACAUGGUUUGGCGGAAUUCUUCAACGCACCGGUCUUAGACGUAAUGGAGGUGACAAGAUUCUUGACUACACGUUAACUCUUACUGAGGAGAAAAGGCUGCAAAGGUUGCGAGACAGAUGUCUAGUUCCUUUUGAUGAAACUCGGCCUGAUCAUCAAGAAUCCUUAACAGCUUUGUGGUAUGUUGCUUUUCCAAAUGUUCGUCUCACGGGUUUGGUUUCCGAACAGUGGAAAGAUAUGGGCUGGCAAGGCCCAAACCCAUCCACUGAUUUCAGGGGUUGCGGAUUUACAUCAUUGGAGAAUUUGCUAUUUUUCGCUCGAACAUACCCAGUCUCUUUCCACAGGUUACUUCACAAGCAAGAGGGCAAGAGAGCAUUGUGGGAAUACCCCUUCGCUGUGGCUGGGAUUAACGUGACGUAUAUGUUGAUUCAGAUGUUGGAUCUAUUUUCAGAUAAACCAAGAUGCAUUCCGGGAAUGAAUUUUGUGAAAAUGCUUGGAGAAGACGAAGAAGCAUUUGACGUUCUUUUUUGUAUAGCUUUCGAAAUGGUGGAUGGCCAGUGGCUAGCUAUGAAUGCUUCAUACAUGCAAUUCAAUGAUGUUUUACAAGCAACACGGAUACAAUUGGAGAGGGAAUUGUCCUUGGAAGAUACACACAGAGUACAAGAUCUCCCAGCUUACAACCUCCUUUACAAAUAAUCACCUCCAUGUUUAAUCUGCUUUCUCACCAACGUUUUCAAGGGUUUAUGGGGUUUAAGAGAAUGGGAAUUACUUUUAUCUACUCCGUGUAAUUGCUAUAUAGUUUCUUGAUUAAUGUUAUGCAAGUUUCGUUAUCAUUGUUCUUACUUCUCGCCCCCAUCCCUACGGUUGGAAAUAAUGCAAAGAAAGAGUUUUACCAUUUUGUGAAAAUGUCCCACAUUGGUAGAAAUGAAAAGUAAGCAUUUCAAGUGGAGUAUUUAAAGAAAAGGGUUUUGUCCCACAUGGAAAGAAAAUGAACUUUUCUUUUUGUUUAAAUAUAGGGAAGUAAUGUUUAUACUUAGAAGUAUUUCCCCAAGUGGUGUGGGUUAGAAGGGGGCAUCCCCACGUGCCACCACUGUCUGGCUGGUUCGUGGGCGCGGGCGUGGGGCCUUCUUUUUUGGGCCAAGACGUAACUGACGGUCCAGUUAUUAUGAGACCGUUCAGUUACGUAGCUCACUCCGUAACCUUAAUGACAGAAUCGUAACCGCCGCUUGAUUUACGUUAAACGGUCCCUUGAUUCUUGCAUACGUUUU